GUCGGACCGGAAACAUACAUGAAAGUCAUACAUAUGUACACAUGGGUUUAGAAGGGUUUAUUAACCAAAACAAUAUUUAUGCAGCUAACACACACACACGAAGAAACACUAACACACACAGUAGCUGUAAAUUAUAGUGUUGUAUUUUGAAUUGUAUUUUGAAAUUGAACGGAAGUUGGCGAGUGUGACCGUUAGCUCGUCGGUAGCCUAUAGCUGUGUUUUGUUACGUCGGCCCAGAGCUGUCAUCUUUGCUAGCUAGUGCUUUAGCAAUUGAACAGUUGUGUCAUGUAAACAACGACCCGCUAGGUCACAACUUAGGGUUGUAAACACGUGCGCUUGUUUAAAUAUCCCCCUUUGGUGAGGGUCGGAGAAAAGAAAUCUGUGGGAAUCUCAGAAGGAGAUGAAAUGACAACGUCAACAUUGCAGAAAGCGAUUGAUCUCGUCACCAAAGCCACAGAAGAAGAUAAGGCAAAGAACUAUGAAGAGGCCUUGCGCCUGUAUCAGCAUGCUGUGGAAUAUUUUCUACAUGCCAUCAAAUACGAGGCCCACAGUGACAAGGCGAAGGAGAGCAUACGAGCAAAGUGUAUGCAGUAUCUGGACAGAGCGGAGAAACUAAAAGACUACCUGAAGAACAAAGACAAACAGGGCAAAAAGCCUGUUAAGGAGGCACAGAGCAAUGACAAGAGUGAUAGUGACAGCGAGGGUGAAAACCCAGAGAAGAAGAAACUGCAGGAGCAGCUUAUGGGUGCUAUUGUAAUGGAGAAGCCCAAUGUCAGGUGGAACGAUGUGGCUGGACUGGAGGGGGCUAAGGAGGCCUUAAAAGAAGCAGUCAUCUUGCCCAUUAAAUUUCCUCAUCUCUUCACAGGAAAGCGGACUCCGUGGAGAGGCAUCCUGCUGUUUGGUCCCCCAGGUACAGGAAAGUCAUACUUAGCCAAGGCUGUGGCCACUGAGGCCAACAACUCCACGUUCUUCUCGGUUUCCUCCUCAGAUCUCAUGUCCAAGUGGCUGGGAGAGAGUGAAAAACUUGUGAAGAACCUAUUUGACUUGGCUCGCCAACACAAGCCCUCAAUCAUCUUCAUUGAUGAGGUGGAUUCACUCUGUGGCUCCAGGAAUGAGAAUGAGAGCGAGGCUGCCCGUCGCAUAAAGACAGAGUUCCUGGUCCAGAUGCAGGGCGUGGGGAACAACAAUGAUGGGAUCCUGGUGCUAGGAGCCACCAACAUCCCCUGGGUGCUAGAUGCUGCCAUUCGCAGAAGAUUUGAGAAGCGUAUCUACAUCCCUCUUCCUGAGGAGCCAGCUCGGGCUCAGAUGUUCCGUCUGCAUCUGGGCAACACACCACACAGCCUAAGCGAGGCCGACUUGCGGCAGCUUGCUCGCAAAACAGAUGGCUACUCUGGAGCAGACAUAAGCAUUAUUGUUCGCGAUGCUCUGAUGCAGCCUGUUAGGAAGGUCCAGUCAGCCACACACUUCAAAAAGGUUCGUGGCCCAUCCAGAAGCAACAACCAGGUCAUGGUGGAUGACCUUCUGACUCCAUGUUCCCCUGGGGACCCUGCAGCCAUAGAGAUGACCUGGAUGGAUGUACCUAGUGAUAAGCUACUUGAGCCCAUAGUCUGCAUGUCGGACAUGCUGCGCUCGCUAUCCACCACCCGCCCUACAGUUAACACUGAAGACCUUCUGAAGGUCAAGAAGUUUACAGAAGACUUUGGGAUGGAGGGCUGACAGACAGUGUUCCCAGGCUUCCUUCCAGAGUCCAUCCGAAGGGUCAUACCAGACUGCUCCCAACAACUCAUGUCCUCUCUACUGCUCUACCAUCAUCUGUCUGCUGAGGACUUGGUUCACUGUCUCUUGUGGAUUGGAAAUCACUGACUGGUCUGUUUGAACAUGGACAUAGAACCCUAGUUUUCCUGUCUUCUGAUCACCAGGUCCAGUAGUUUUGAAUCCUUGAAGGAUUUUCACCAAAAGCACCAUAGAAACCCUGGUGUGGUUUGGUAGUUGGAUAUUUAUGACAAUGUUUUGUUUCAGCCGCUACGACAUAUUCACUACAACAGAUUUCCUUCUAACCUGCAUAGAUGCGAGGAAAACCGCAUCACAUGUUUCCCUCUCCAAGCUGAGUCCAUGUCUGACUGAACGACUGUAUAUUUUGUUGCCGCUGUGCACUUUGCUUUGCAUCAUAAUGGAAGACAGUGACGGUGAAAGAAGUUCUGACAGGCAUGUUUGUGAAAACAUCUGUAUUGUUUUUUGAAGGUUGUGUUAAUGCUUAUGUGUAAAUGUUAGAAGCCCUGUUAUUUUAUUUGGUGUGCGUGCGUGCGUGCGUGCGUGCGUGUCCUGUACCUCUACUAACAGCUGUGUGAGCUGCACAGUCAUUGUCAGUAUUUACAACACACAGAUGGAAGGAUUUGUUUUUCAUCUCUACCAAGUAGAUUUCAAAAACCUCACACGGUCCUGUUGUUAACUUUGAGCUUUUGAUCACAUCAAACCCUGGAUAGAUUUUAAGUGACAUAAACGAACCAGUGAUGAGGCUAAAAGCUCCACAACCUGAAAAUGUGAUUGUGUUUGCUGGGUUUUUCAGCUACAGGAAGAAACCUGAACCUCCGAGCAGCAAAGCUCCAGUUCAUUGAAGUAUGUGAAUGACCCCAGCAUCUCUUUAAUCUGGACAGUUUUUCUGUGACAUGCCGGGUUCUACCAGUGUUACACUGCUACACACUUUAUCACACAACUUCACUCAGUUUACACAUGAAGCAUUUCUUCAGUGGAGGUGUCAUCCUGUCUGGUUUCACCGUGGGAAGCAGACCCACUGUCCUGCACGCUGAGGUCCAGGCAGCCAAAGCGUUUCAGUUCCCUCUGGUCAGGACCGGCUUUCCUUCCCGUCUUUAAACAGUCUUUGUGCUGUUUGGAGCCAACAGGAAGGAAAGUCGCUCUCGCUUCACUACUGGGUCAAGAACACAAGCUCGUCUGGGCUCCGCUCGUAUCGCUGUGUGUUUGUGAACUUUUGUGCUGGUUCAGUGGGAGGUCUGUUCUUCUUCAUCACCUCCCGCUGGCCAGGUGACCAUUACUACUAAUUUAACCUAAAAUAAUAAAAACUGACAUUUCAAAUGAG